AGCGACAGUCACUACAGGUAUCUCAAAACCUUUCACAGGAGUUUACUGUGAAGUGCAGUUGCUUGUCGCUCCUCAACACGAGGCCAAUCGGUGGGACACGGUCGUUGGUGCCCACAGUGUGGAAUCCUGCACAGCCGAACGGAAGACUUUGAGGAUAUUGAUUGGAAGAGAAUGUGAUUCCUGAAUUCCACUGUUCAGGAGGCAUUUCUGAAGAGAGUAGGAUUGGAGUCCCGAGGUAGUGUGGAGGACUGGACUGAAAAGGAUGGAGCCAUGCUGCAGAUAAGUAGUUUGCAAACUUGUGGCCGUCACUCAGAGGACAAUGAAGGGCUUUGGGAUUUCAAAACUGGUCAGGCUAAUAAACGCGUCCCAAAGUAAGAGCAGACUGGUGUUUUCCUUUGAGAGGCAACUCUCUUUAGGUAUUAUGAGCAGAAGGCGCCUUUACAGCGUGGCACCUAUAAUCAAAGUGGAGCCAACCAGAGGACUGAUGGAUGAACUAAUGAAGAUGGAAGUUUCGCAUUUAGUCCCCAAUCAGCCCGUCACAUUGCACUCGAGGCUGGAGUCUGAUGAUUCUUUCUUUUGGGAAGCAUACGCUCACUACGUCAGCGAUGCGGAGGGCACUGUCAAAGUCACCAGAGACGUGUCAGUCGGAGGAACUUACACCGGUCGGGAACCAAUGGGCCUGAUUUGGAGUAUGACAGCUGCUCCCGGGACCCAGCAUGGAAUGAGGCUCCGGAAGAUUGAUGUGACUAAGCCAUACCUGGUAAACAUCUCUCUGUAUGAUGGGCACCUUUCCCAUGGUUUUGAAGCGAAGGCAGAACUGGCGUCUGUUGUAGUGGAACGUUCAUAUAUAGCUCCAGGCGUCACCAGGUCAGAGCUGGAAGGGCAAGUUGUUGGAACAUUGUUCCUUCCACCAGGUCCGGGACCCUUCCCUGCCGUCCUAGAUAUGUGGGGUGGUGGAGGGGGUCUUGUGGAAUAUCGUGCUUCUCUGCUGGCCUCCCGAGGGUUUGUCACGUUGGCGCUGGUUUACAUGGCACACAAGGAUUUGCCAGAGAAGAAGCAGUCUUUCAGCUUAAACCCUAAGUACUUUGAGGAUGCUUUCAAUACCCUGAACAACCAUCCCAAAGUGGCCAGAGGCCAUGUUGCCAUUUUGGGGCUCUCAUAUGGAGUUAGUCUAGCACUCUACAUGGCAACGGAGAUCAAAAAUAUCAACCCCAGUUGUCUAGUGUGCAUUAGUGGAAGCCACGUCUUGCUCAACAAGAAAGAAUCUGAGGAUAUGUUUGGCAAUUUCCUCAUUAAAAAAGAUCGGAUUAAGUUGGCGGACAGCGGAGCAAUGAUCUGGAGAAAUAUUGCCUUACCAAUAACAGACAAUCCAGAGCAUGUUGUGGAGGUUGCCAAAAUCAGAUGCCCUUUGAUGUUGAUUGUGGGGGAAGAUGAUCAGAACUGGCCUGUCCCGGAAGCAACUGUUGAAAUCACCAAGUUAAUGAAGACUGCAAAAAAUGCUCACUUGCUCACGGUACUCUCCUACCCUGGAGCCGGACAUCUUAUUGAGCCUCCAUAUAGCCCGCAUUGCAGGGAAUCCAAGUUCAAAAUCAACUCCACCCAGCAAAGAGUGAUCCUGUUGUGGGGAGGAGAUACCAAAGCUCAUUCCUAUGCACAGGAGGACUCCUGGAGAAAGAUCUUGGCCUAUCUGGAGAAGCACACCGUUCUCAGACACCAAACUUCGGCAGCCCAGUGCAAACUUUAAAAUGAAUGAGAAAUGAAACUGGAAAUGCACGAGCAGGUGAAGGAGAGCAGGUUCCUGUCCCCUGUGUCGUCAUGCACAUGCUGAUCAGCCUGAAUCUAUCAUGAACAGUGAGAGAAAAGAUUUGUGUCCUGAUUACUGUGGCUUAAUUCUCCCCAGGAUUAACACUAUUUUUUCUCUCCACACACCAUUUGGCCCCAGGUGUUUUUAGCUGAUUUACCCUACCUCUUCAAUGCCUUUAACUACCUGGUUAGUUUGGUGCAUCAGACAUUUGUUUCGUGGGUUCAGGUUAUCAAUAUCUAAACUGAAAUGCUGAAAUGUUUCCUAUUGAGGUUUUCAGACCCCAAUUAAAUGCACACGUGUCAGGUUG